CGCCCCCCCCUCUCUCUCUCUCUCUCGCUCGCUCAUCUCCUGCUUCUGCUAUUGGCCGCCUCCGCCGCACUUUUCCAGAUGUCUUGGGGGAUCCCGACGGCGGCUAAACUGGAUGGAAUUUGAGCGAUUGCUCUCCAAUCUCUGCGCCGGGACGAAAGUGUGCGCUUUCCGUGUCCGUUUUGGAUUCCUGGUGAUGGAUGACCGCAAUUGAUCCUAGCAUAGUUGGGAUUGGACUUCGUGUUCGUGGUGCACAAUAGAUUUGGGGCUUCAGAUUUAUGUUUAUUUGGUAUUUGAAGUUGUCACGAUGCAAACAUCACCUUUCUUCAAGGAUUAUGGAAUUGAUCAGCAACAGACAUUCCAUGCUACUUUGGUCCCUUGGUUGGUUCCUGCCGUGCCUGGAAGAAUGAAUCACUUUGUAGAUCCAAGGCAGGGGUCAGGGCUGGGGCUUGAAAUCCCACAGAAGGAUGACCAUAUUGCUGCUAGGUUCUCAGUAUUCCCAGCUGUCAAGGAUUCAGUAAGAGAGCAGAAGACUCAGCAAUACUUUGUUCCUUUUCCUCUGCAGUCAUCAUUACCUGAAAAUCCAAGUCAAUUCGAUGAGGGACUUGGUCUAUCUAUGGUUUGUCCUACUCAUCCUUGUCCUGAUCAGUUUUAUGGCUUAUAUUCAGCAUAUGGUGCUCAAACAAUGCAUGGUCGCAUGCUUUUGCCUAUGGAUGUGUCUAUUGAAGGACCAAUAUUUGUAAAUGCAAAGCAAUUUAAUGCAAUUCUUCGUCGUCGUAGAGCUCGUGCAAAGGCUGCGAAAGAGAACAAAUUAGCUAAAGCUCGUAAGCCAUAUCUGCAUGAAUCCCGUCACCUUCAUGCAAUGCGCCGUGUAAGAGGUUGUGGUGGUCGGUUUUUGAACACAAAAAAAGACGGCAAUCUUGAGGGUAACAAUCCCAACCCCAAGGGGAAGACACCUCCGCUUUCUGCAACUGCUGCUGUGACAUCUCCAAGCUCUGAAAUCCUGCAGUCUGAUAGCUUAAACCUCAACUCAGCAAGUGGUGGUUCACAUAUAACAGGAUCAGAGGUGAGCAGUGUUUAUGCUCAGGAAGAUGUCGAACAAUAUCACAUCCAUGGGCACUUACGCCCAUCCAUCUUCCAAUCUCUCUCAAACAUGAUGGAUGGAGUGCAUGAGGGAGACAAUAUCACCCAUGGCAAGUGGGGUGCAGCAGCUGAUGGCUGCUGUGGCCUCCUCAAGGUCUGAUGGAAGUAAAAUGAAACCCAGGAGGGCCGUUUCGAACUGCAGCAUUUGGUCAUUUCCCUUCCUGUGCUUCAUGCAACCUGAUGUCAAGGUUGCUUCAAGGCAAUUCAUUCUUGGCUUAUGAAUCUUCAUUAGGACUUGAGAGAAAUCACCUAAAGGGUUAAAAGAUUGCUAAGUCCUCUUUGCACCUCCUUAAAGUUUGUAGAAACUGAUACUGUCGUGGCUGAACCAGAAAUCUGUAGUAGUUAAGUACUUCAUGGUUUGUGCUUUUGGAGUUGUGUUUGUUUGCUUGGACUGUUGAAUGUCGUGUGUUGUGAAGUUGGCAUUGCUGUUUGAUUUUCUACUGGUUUGUAAAAAAUGUUUGAGGUUGUAAAAAAGUUGGUUUGGAUCUUUGUGUUU